AUGUCCGCUGCGACCUAUGCUAAGGAUCUUAUAACCGAGAUUCUUCCGAACCAGCUGGAGCGUGAAGUCGGUAUAGGCAAGCUUCUUGAUAAAAUUGCGCUUCAACAGGAAGACCAUAUCGAGUCCAGGGUAGUCAAAGACAAGGAUAACGAAAUCCUCAACUGGCUAACGCCAAUGCCGAUCGACCAUGGUCUUCAGUAUAGCGACCUCCUGAAGGUGCGAGAACCAGGAACAGGCCAAUGGCUUUUGGACUCAGCGCAGUAUCAGACGUGGAUGGACAUGCAGAAACAAACUUUGUUCUGUCCAGGCAAUCCCGGAGUCGGAAAGACGAUAUUGACAUCAAUCGUUGUCGAGGAUCUCUUUUCUCGCUUUGGAAAUGUCCAGAAAGUGGGUAUUGCAUACCUUUACUGCAGCUUCCAGCGGCAAAGCGAGCAAAAAACCGACAAUCUCCUUGCAAGUCUAUUGCGGCAGCUGGCUCAAGCACUGCCAUCUCUACCAGGCAGUGUGAAAUCCCUCUACAAAAGUCACAACAAUAAGCGGACACGGCCAUCCUUCCACGAGAUCUCGAACACACUCCAGACUGUGGCUACCAUGUACUCGAGAGUCUUCAUUGUCGUGGAUGCACUUGAUGAAUGUCAAGAAUCCGAUGGCGGUCGGACAAAACUUUUAUCAGAAAUCUCUAGCCUCCAAGCGAAGUGCGGAGUUAACGUCUUUGCGACUUCAAGGCUCAUUCCAGACAUUAUCCAACAGAUGUCAGAAAAAUUUGACGGAACCAAGACUUUAAACAUCGGUGCUAGCGACGAAGACGUGGGAAGAUACUUGGACGGUGUUAUGUCCGAACUACCAAAAUUUGUUGGACGUGAGCCUGAUUUGCAGAGGGAGAUCAAGACUAAAAUCAUGAAAGCUAUUGGUGGGACGUUCCUGCUUGCAAAACUUCAUAUCGACACAUUAAAGGGGAAGAGAACACCUAUGGCGAUCCGCAAAGCUCUUACAGAACUUGCAGAACUAGCGACUGGAUCGGACGCUUAUGAUCGUGUCUAUAACAAUGCAAUGAAGCGAAUUGAAGGGCAGCUUAAAGGCCAGACAAAACUUGCCAUGCAAGUUUUGUCGUGGAUCGUCAACGCUAAGAGACCGCUAACAACGUCUGAGCUUCAGCAUGCACUUGCUGUGGAAAUUGAUGAGACCAAGCUUGAUAAGGACAACUUUCCGGACAUUGAAGAUAUGGUCUCCGUGUGCGCUGGACUAGUCACGGCCGACGAAGAAAGCGGCAUUAUCCGGUUAGUCCACUAUACGACGCAAGAAUACUUCGAGCGAACGCAGAAAUCUUGGUUCCCAAAUGCACAGGAUCAUAUUACCAAAGUCUGCAUUACCUACCUCUCAUUCAGAGUUUUUGAAAGCGGGUUUUGUCAGACAGACACCGAGUUUGAAGAGCGGCUACAAGUAAAUCAGCUCUACGACUACGCUGCACACAACUGGGGGCAUCAUGCUCGACAGGCUUCGACAUUAGGUCAGGAAGUCUUAGACUUUCUUAGAGGCGAAGCCAACGUGGAGGCGUCGAGCCAAGCAAUGAUGGCCCCUGAAUACCGUUAUCGUGGCUACAGUCAACAUUUUCCGCGACACAUGACAGGGGUCCACUUGGCUGCAUACUUCGGGCUGAAGGAAGUAGCACAAGCCCUACUUUGGUUGAGGCAUGGCACGGACAUGACAGAUAGUUACGGUCGGACUCCCCUGUCGUACGGUGCCGAGAACGGGUACGAGGCCGUCGUCAAAUCGCUGAUUGCAACCGAAGGUGUUGAGCCAGACUUGAAGGAUAAUGAUGGUCGGUCGCCGCUGUCGUGGGCCGCCGAGCGAGGACACAAUGUAGCUGUGGAGCUGUUGCUCGUGAGUGACAAUGUCAAGCCAGACUCAAAGGACGAUCACGGACGGACGCCGCUGUCACGGGCCGCACAAGAAGGACACGAAGCCGUGGUAAAAUUGCUGCUACAAAAUAAAGCCAGACCGGACUCCAAGGACAAAUUCAGUCAAACGCCUCUCUGGUGGGCGGCAAGGUACGGACAUGGCGGGGUAGUCAAGCUGCUUCUCGCGGAGGACGCCGUGAAUCCGGAUAUAAAGGAUAUCCAUUACAAUGGGACGCCGCUGUGGUGGGCUGCACAGGAAGGGCAUGUUGCAGUGGUGAAGCUACUGCUCGAUACUGAUCGUGUUGAUCUGGAUUCCAAGAAUACAUACGGUCAGACACCCUUGUCACGGGCUGCACAGAUGGGACGCGAGGCUGUUGUGGAGCUGCUGCUUGCAAGGGCUGGCGUCAACUGGAACUCGAAGGACACUCUUCCGGGUCGGACAGCGCUGUCAUAUGCCGCAGGGAAUGGACAUAAGGCAGCGAUAAAGCUACUACUUGAGAAAGAAGUCGAACCGGACUCUAAGGAUUUGCAACACGAGCGGACGCCUUUGUCGUGGGCCGCUGAGAAUGGGCAUACGGAGGUGGUUGACCUGUUGCUUUCGGGCGACGGCGUUAAUUCGGUCUCUAGAGACAGGUAUAGUCGAACGCCGUUAUCACGCGCCGCGGAGAACGGUCACGAGGGGGUGGUUAAGCUGCUACUUGCGGAAAAUAUUGUUGACUCUGGCUCUAAGGACACGCUCUUUGGGAGGACACCGCUCUCCUGGGCAGCAGAAAAUGGACAUGAAGAAGUGGUAAAACUACUGCUCGCUACAGGUGUUUUUGACCCGGACCUCAGGGAUAAACAUGGCCAGACGCCGUUAUCCCUAGCUGCUGAGAACGGACAUGAGACGGUGGUUAAGCUACUGCUCGAAAUGGAAGUCGAAUUAGACUCGAAGGACGCUGAACAUAACCAGACCCCGCUUUUAUGGACGGCAAUGAACGGGCAUGAGGCCGUUGUCAGGCUUUUGCUUGAGAAAGACGCGGAACCGGACUCGAAGAAUAAGAAUGGACGGACGCCGCUAUCGUGGGCCGCCGGGAAUGGACACGAGGCCAUCGUCAGGCUACUGCUUGGCACGGGCAUAGCCAAUGCCGGCUCGAAAGAUACUUGGAGCCGGACACCGCUGUCGUAUGCCGCUGGGAAUGGACAUGAGACCAUCAUCAGACUCCUACUUAACAAGGACCAAGUCGACGCCGACUCAAAAGAUACUGGUAGCCGGACACCGCUGUCGUAUGCCGCUGGGAAUGGACAUGAGACCAUCGUCAGACUCCUACUUGACACGGACCAAGUCGAUGCCGACUCGAAGGAUAAUGGGAGCCGGACACCGCUGUCGUAUGCCGCUGGGAAUGGACGUAAGGAUAUUGUCAAGUUACUUCUUGACACGGGCAAAACCGAUGCUGACUCGAAAGCUUCUGGCGAUUACGGCGCUGGCCGGACGCCGCUGUCAUGGGCGGCGGAGAACGGAUACGAGUCGGUGGUCAUACUUCUGCUCGACUGGCCAGGCGUUGAUCCGGGCUCAAAGGAUAUGCAUGGCCACACGCCGUUCUGGUGGGCAGCGGAGAAUGGCCAUGAGAGGGUAAUCAAAUUACUAUAUGCGAGAGAUGGCACAGCAAUUCCUAGUGAGACCGGAUAUGUUCAGAGAGCUGUUUCGAAGCACGUUGGAACACGAGAGAGAUCCGCGACACCGCGUGCGCACGACGAGACUUCCGCCACCUACGUUGCUCCACCAAAGAAGAUAUUCGGCGGCAGAGGAAAAGGUUUCGCAGACCUACACAGCCACUUGACUUCCGCUUAUCUUGCUGAGGAGGGACCGUCACUCUUUGAUCGCCAUCGGAUGGAACUGAGCGUCGAGUGGGAAGUACAACAAGCAAUGCCUCUGUAUAAGAAGGGAACAGGAUUCUCUUCAAUUUUGGUCAUUAGUGGAGACGAGAUUGAUGCUCAGGCGGCUACCUGUGAAAGCUAUUUAAAGGAACAUUUCAGAACCGGCCUAACUGUGUUACAUGCCGUUCAGGCCGCGUGGGAUUCACGGACAUCAUAUGAGAGCGACCCGGCCGGAGGGGAUCUACGACAUCUUUCGCUUUCAUGGCAGAGAGCGGGUGAAAAGAGGAGUUGCUGGCAUGGUUUAUUCAAAAAGGCCAUUAUCGUUCUAAAUGGCCCUAUUUCCGACCGGAACCAAUUUGGACAACUUGAGGAAAAUCAGACAGGUCUCUCUGUGCCGAAAGGCCUCGAUAUCCCAUUCGACAUCAUGGUCGACCUAGCUGCUGUUGAUUACCCUGUCGAAUACGCGAGAGGCAUUGCUCUGAGAGGUUUCAAUACCCUACUGGUCGUCACCGCGAAAUGGGUAACUGCCUCCGGAACUGCAAUUCAGUGGCACUUUGUCGACUCGAGCGGUGGAAUUUCCCUUUCGGAAUACGCCGAUAAUGAAAGGUACCACAUUUGGAAAGUUGGAGAAGAACCUCCACCCCAGCUUGAAACUAUCAGAGAAGCUAUUCGCACAUUUAUUGGCUGGGGCGAUACCUAUCAAAUUCAGCUCAGCGCAGUGAACCACUCGAAUGUUGCUGUGACCGGACUUGACAAGGCUAGUAGGAAACUGGUGCUAAAGACUAUUGGGUUCAAUACUGCUCUCGGAAGGUCUCCUGUGACAGCCGGAGUUACUGCGACAUUCGAAGUCCAAGAAGGCACUGUGAUGCAUUCAAGAGAGACCGAAUUUCACGAAAUGAUUGCUCGGUCCAACACCACCCCAGUACUUCUCUACGCACCUGAUGAAGAGCGUGGAUGGUUGGUUCCUCAACUCUCAGUUCUAGAAAGUAUGGCUCUUAUCAAUAUCGGAAGAUAUGGAUCCUCAGACAGAUUACCUCCAGCGAGUUUGGAUCUGAAGGAUACAAGGACAAGGCUUCUUGAACAUCUCCGGGAUCCUACUCUCAGACGCCUCCUCGAUGAUGGCGAUGGAGACAGGGCCGAAAGGAAUACAUUCCGUUUAAGAGAGCUACUGUAUGACUUAGCCCAAGGACUUGAGUGGGCCGAAGGGCAGGCUCGACAUCAGCACAGAUGGUCCCCAGCAAGACUUCUCGGAGAAGACACAAUCUACGGACUGGAGUUCUACAAGCUUACCAUGAGAGACAAGGAACAUCAUGUCAAACAGUGUCCAGUCAGACGUCCGCACGGCGGCUGGGUUCAACUACUCAAUAAUGGGGCAAUUAAGGGAGUCCUCUUCUGCAAGGGGCUUGGGGAGGUGAUUGUCCGCGAUUCGACAUGCCCUUUCUGCAGGAAUGUCCCACGGGAGCACAACUACCUGGCCGCUGUAAUUUCCUGCCUGGAGUAUCUUACGCAACACGACAGGCUCCCCAGUGGAUUUGGUUGGAAUUUCCAAAGCACAGCUUUCGCGCAGUGCUCUAAUUGCUCUUCAUUUGAGCACCGCAUACAAAAUAUGAACAAUGCAUCAUCUCCCACGACCAACCCCUCCACUGAUCACUCAAAUGGCGUUGUGGUGUUUGGCAGGCCUAUAACGAACAGCAGAAUCCAAAGCACAGAUGGGACCAUAUCUUACGCUGGCCACAGAGCAGAACGAUGGUGA